UGGCCUGGCGAAACAAAUGCGAUGUGGACUCCAGGUGUUUCAACAAUGCUACAGGUUCUAGUCUCCAUACAAGAAUUUUGAAGAACUUGUUGUGGGCAUUUCUACGGCCGAGCACAUGUGAAACAAUUGGAGGGUUUAUUGAUCAUAGUUAUUGCUUCAUGGAUCCUGAUGCUGUUGAAAUUCCUCCGCAGAAACAGACCGUUUUUCAUGAUGUGAUUGACCUUGAAGGUGAAACAUCUCAUAAAAGAACAAAUAAGGGGAAGGCAGUGGUUCCACCAGGGUCGACGACAAUCACUAAUGAAACUUUGAAGAAACUUCAAAGUUUUAAGCAAUUUGACAUUGUCGUUGACACUUCCGACCAUCACUAUGUUACAAAUAAUUCCUCCACAAAGCAAAAUCCAACGAGUUGGGCUAAAAGAAUCCAAGAAGAGUGGAAGAUUUUGGCGAAGCAUUUGCCGGAAACAAUAUUUGUGAGAGUUUUCGAAUCAAGGAUGGAUCUCUUGAGGGCAGUGAUUGUUGGAGCAGAAGGUACACCUUACCACGACGGUCUUUUCUUUUUCGAUGUUCAAUUUCCCAGUGGCUAUCCCAAUGUACCCCCGUUAGUCUACUAUCACUCUAGAGGUGUUAGGCUCAACCCGAAUUUGUAUGAGUGUGGCAAAGUAUGUCUCAGUCUACUUAACACCUGGGAUGGCGAAACAAAUGAGAUGUGGACUCCAGGUGUUUCAACAAUGCUACAGGUUCUAGUCUCCAUACAAGGUCUAAUCUUGAAUUCAAAGCCUUUCUUUAAUGAGCCUUUUAUUGGAAUUAUGAGUGGCACACAAAUUGGUGAAGCAUGGUCCCUGAAGUAUAGUGAAUAUACAUUCAUUCAAUCAGUAAGGACAAUGAUGUAUACGGUAAAAAAGCCUCCAAAGAAUUUUGAAGAACUUGUUGUGGGGCAUUUCUACAGUCGAGCACAUGAUAUUCUGGCGUCAUGUAAAGCGUACAUGGAAGGUGUUCAGGUUGGUUGUUUUGUGAAAGGCGGGGUUCAAGAUGAUGAUAAUGGUGGACGAAAAAGCUCAGAUAUUUUUAAGGCUAGAUUACUUGGAUAUGUCAAGCUUCUUGUCCAAGUUUUUGAAAAAAUUGGAGUUAAGGAUUGUCAGAAAUUCAUUUUUCCGAAUUCUCCGAAACCAACUCUUUUGAAAAAACUGUUUUCAAGUUGUUUUUUAGACUUAAUUGUAGUUUUUGCCUCUUCUUAAA